UCAAAGAAAACAAAAAUCUCUCUAUUCUCAAUCUACCAUCCAUGGCAACCACAUUGCCAUCUGCAACAUUGCAACAUCAUUCUGUCGCAAACCCUCAGCAGAAUGCAACAAACAAUGCUGAAACUGAAAUAGUUUAUGUAGAAGAAUCACUUCCAAAUCAUUCCUCAGCAGUGGAGAACAAAGAAAAGAACAAAGAAGAGAACAAUGAUGAGAACAAUGAUGAAGAUGAAAAGUCCACAACCAAUAAGAGGUAUAUGCCUCUUUUAAUCCUCAAUUACGUUCUACUUUUUGUUGGAUCACUCUCUGCGAGUUUGCUAUCAAAAUAUUACUUCGUUCACAGAGGCUCUAGCAAAUGGGUCUCUACAUGGGUUCAAAGUGGUGGCUUUCCCCUCCUACUCUUUCCCAUUUUUCUUCCAGUUCUCCUUAAAUCCACAAAGAGAAAACCUUUCUCAGAUUUCAACCAAAAGAUGUUCUUGUUUUCGAUUUUGGUUGGUCUCAUGUUAGGGUUUAAUAACCUUUUAAUCUCAUGGGGUGUGGCAUACCUUCCAGUCUCAACCUCAGCACUUCUUCUGUCCACCCAGUUAGUUUUCACUCUCAUUCUCUCUUCCCUCAUUGUGAAACAAAAAAUAACCUUUACAAACCUAAAUUGCGUGAUCCUCAUCACCAUUAGUUCCAUCAUUCUAGCCUUGGAUUCCAGUCACGAGAAGCCAUUAGGGCUCACAAACAAGAACUACUUCAUAGGGUUCUCUUGCACCAUCGGUGCAAGUUUGUUGUUUGCUUUGUAUUUGCCAGUGAUGGAGAAGAUCUACCAGAGGGUGAACUGCUACCAGAUGGUGAUGGAGAUGCAGCUCAUAAUGGAGAUUGCAGCAACAGUAUUGGCCACUGUAGGCAUGGCAUGUGACGGAGGGUUUUCUGACAUGAAGAAAGAGGCCGAGAGGGUUUUCGACAAGGGAACCGCAGUUUAUUGGGUAACAAUCUUGUCUACUGUGGUGACAUGGCAGUGUUGCUUUAUGGGAACUGCAGGAAUGGUUUUUCUGACAUCUUCUCUGAAUGGAGGGAUUUGUUCCACAGCUUUGUUGUCCAUAAAUGUGUUGGGAGGAGUGGUGGUUUAUAAAGAUGCCUUUGGAGGGUUUAAGGCUGUCUCAACUGUUUUGUGCAUCUGGGGUUUCUGCUCUUAUGUCUUUGGCAUGUACAUCAAAAUGAAGAAAAACAAGGUUGGAAGGAAGAACAACAACAAUGGACCUUCAACAGAGUUGAUCCCUAGAAGAAACUCUGGUGGAAUUAGUUGAACUGUAGAACUUUGAUACCUAGUUUGGCCUUGUCUUCAAUUUGGAACUUCAUUUUCGAAUCACAGAAACUGGUCAAUUAACUGUCAUGAAUGUUAGACAUCAUAGACGUAGAUCUUGUUUACAUGGUAUUGAACUUUUGCACAUCCCUAAUCUUUGUUAUUCACAAAAAUAGGACUCAUUCAUAUAUAAACGUGUAAUAAAUUUUCAAAUGUACUGGACCCGUCUUGAUUUACGUAUUUUUUAAAUAUAAUUAUAUUAG